AUGUCAGAUUUAAAAGAAGAUAAAUUAAAGAUACCCCGUGUAGCAACACCAGUAGAAAAUGAUGGCAUGAGUUGGCCAAGUUUAGGUGCUCGGGAACGUCGAGAUGAAACACCUGAACAAAGGGAAGAAAGAGAAAAUAAAUUGGCUGAAGCCGUUAAAACAAUUUUGACAUGUAUUGGUGAGGAUCCUAAUAGAGAAGGAUUAUUAAAAACACCAGAGCGUUAUGCAAAGGCUUUAAUGUUCUUUACACAAGGCUAUGAAAGAAAUAUUUAUGAGGUGAUCAAUGAUGCUAUAUUUGAAGAAGAUCAUGAUGAAAUGGUUUUAGUUAAAGACGUGGAUGUUUUUUCAUUAUGUGAACAUCAUAUGGUGCCUUUUAUGGGUAAAAUUAAUAUUGCUUAUAUUCCUAAUCGCCGAGUGGUUGGUCUUAGUAAGCUUGCUCGUAUUGCAGAAAUGUUUGCUAGAAGAUUGCAAGUUCAGGAACGUAUGACAAAACAAAUAGCUACUGCAUUAAUGGAAAUACUUCAACCACAAGGUGUAGCUGUUGUUAUGGAAUGUUCACAUCUUUGUAUGUGUUCAAGAGGUGUACAGAAACCUGGUAGUUCAACUGUUACAAGUUGUAUGUUGGGUGUAUUUAGAAGUAGCCCUAGAACAAGAGAAGAAUUCCUUAACUUAAUUAGACGAUAG